UCCUCGUGUUGACUCAACUCUAUAGUUACGGUGUGAACCCUAAAUCCCAAAUUAGAACAAAUCCUUCUCUACAAGAGGAUUUGUGAUUUUUCUUUACUUCUUCUUCAUUUGAUUUCUUCUUCUACACACAAUGCAUCAUUUCAUCUUUAUUUUUUCUCAAAUCAAUUAAUGUUUUUUCUUUGUUGCAGCAAUGGCAUUCGAGGAUGUUUCAUAUGCAUCCUCAUGUUAAAACUCAAUUGGUAGCUUAACAAUGGAAAGAAAACAAAGAAAUACUACUCGCCAAACAGUUAUUGAAACGGUGAGAGAUAGAAUUAGUUGCUUACCAGGUCAUGUAAUAGACCAAAUUCUAUCUUGUUUGCCAAUUAGGGAAGCAGUGAGAACAAGUGUUUUAUCCAAAAUAUGGAAGAACAAAUGGUACACACUUCCAAAUCUUGUGUUUGAUAGACAAGGUGUCUAUGAUGUAACUUCUGAAGACGCCUUUCUUAAUCGUACAAAGAUUGUGAAUAUUAUUGAUCAUGUACUUUUAAUUCAUUCGGGGUCAAUCAACAUGUUUAAGUUCACUGAAUGUGACCUCAUUGGUGAAAUUCUUGUGAGUGACAUGAAUCGGUGGAUUCUUUAUCUAACUGGAAGGUCUAUUAAAGAGCUUGUGUUGGAAUUUCUUACUGAUGAAGAAGAAGAAGAAUACUAUAAGAUACCUUGGUGCUUAUUCUCUUGUCAAAGUUUACAUCAUUUAAAACUACAAUGGUGUCGGCUUAAUCCUCCAGGGGCGUUUGAAGGCUUUAGGAACUUAAAAAGCCUUGAUCUAUAUUUGGUUACAAUGCCUCAAGAUGCUUUUGAAAACAUGAUAUCUGGAUGCCCUCUGCUUGAAAAAUUGAAAUUGGCAGAAGUUGAUGGUUUAACCCAAAUUAAUAUUCACGCACCAAAUCUCAAGAUUUUUGAAGUUUUUGGUGAAUUUGAGGGUAUAAGCUUUGACAACACUUUUCAAUUAGUUACCGUAAUCAUUCAUUUAACGUUGAAUUUGAGUCCUGAAGACAGUCAAAGUAAAUUGCAUGGACGCUCUAGCAAUUUGCUCGAUUUUUUCGAUCAUCUACCUCACCUGCAAAGCCUAGUGAUUGGUAGUCAUUUUUUAAAGCAUUUGGCUGCAGGUGUUUUGCCAAUAACGCUUCCUACAUCUUGUAUUGGCCUAAAAUAUCUUUCCUUCAGCAUAAACUUUCAUGACUUGAAGGAAAUUUCGGCUGCUCUUUGCUUGCUCAGAAGCUCACCUAAUCUUCAAAAAUUAGAAAUACAUGCACUGAUUGGGCAACAUACUGUCCCUGUCUAUGAUUGGGAUGAUACAUUUUCGAGGCCUAACACACCCAUCCAAGUGCGACAUGUUACAAUAGAUGGCAUCUCUGGUUUCCGACCUGAACUGGAUUUUAUCAGAUUUCUACUUCUCUAUUCACCUGUGCUAGAAAAGAUGAUUGUGAAACCUUAUGGAAAUGUCAGGUCAGUGUUGGUUCCAGAUUUAAUUCGGUUCAAAAGAGCGUCAGGAGAAGCUGAAGUUAUUUACGGCUCUUGGUAAUGAUUUGUUUUCUCCUCAAAUCAUCUAAUGUAUUAUGACUUUAAAGGUAGUUAUGACUGAAGUUGAACUUUUUAAUUAAGUGUAAAAUUAUAAGUGAUUGACACUUAAGUUUUUGGUUGUUGAUAAAUAUAUUCCCUAAAUUAAAGUUA